AUGGCCUCGCGGGGCCGGGGGACGCCCGCGGCGCCCGGGGCGAGCGGCCCCGCCGAACUACAGCUCCCACAAGGCCCGCGCGGGCCGCCGCCGCCGCCGCCGCCGCCGCCGCCCCGGAACUACGCGGCCCACGGUGCACCGCGGCGCCGGCGGAACUACCCGCCCCACAGUGCGCCGCGGGCGCCCCGCGCUCUCGCGAGAGGCGGCGGGAGGCGCGCGCGCGGCCCCGCUCCCGCCGCCCCCGCCAUGGCCGACGGGAGGGCCCGGGCCCGGCCCGGCCUCAGGAGCGGCGGCCGCCACACGGCACAGAGCGGAUCAAAUCCAGGGAACGACAGUAAUUCUCGCAGACGCAGCUUGGCGAAGCGGAGGCUGAGGGUGUUCCCAGACGCUGACAAUGACACACCGCGGGUUAUGCUCAAGAGAGUUAUCCAGACCCAGCCCCAGGUUUCACCUCUGGUACCUCGGAUAUCUAACCAUGAAGACAGGGAAGAAGCUCGACCAGAACUCCCAUCUAAGAGGGUUUCCAGCAUGGGGGAACUGCAGCUGCCAGACCUCGCUGCUGAGGACACAACCAUCACUGUGUUCCACAUGAAUAAGAAGAGAAAGAAACUCAGCAUUUCUGAAUUCGAGAGAGCAGCAGACAAACGGCUUGUCCAGAACCAAGCUCAGUCAACGCUGGACAACACAGUUAUGUUUCGGUCCCUCCGCAUGUCUGUUGGCUCCUUGAUGGCCCCGGACACUGUGGAAAAGAGGGGUUUGCUCCGGAGGCCCAGGAACCACAAAGCCAUCGACAGGGAAGCUUUUGAGGGCGGAGUGGAACAGAACAUGCUGAAGAACAAAGAGAACUACCUUGUGGACUCACAGUCUGCGUCUGGGAUUCGAACAACCAUGAUGACAAGCGACACAGAGAUCGUGCUGAACAACACCGAGCUCUUUGUUCAGCCCCAGCUGGAUGAACAGAGCCAAAAUAAACCUCCUGUUCUUGAACCCCAGCUGUCAGAUCCAAAAACUCCAGCACAGAGGAGCGAGAUUUGUGAUGCAGCUCAAGAGGCAGUGAGGCCGGAGGGUCUGGUGUCUGGUGCGGGCACAGACGACGGAAGGACACAAGGACAUCCCGAGAACUCGGGCCUGGAUCAGGAGCACAUUGACAGAAUGACUCGUGUAUCUCCAGGGACACCUGCAAACCAGCAGGAAGAUCAGCAAGAUCAUUCCCAGCAGAGUAACCCAGUGGAGCAGGUUGCUGUUGAUGAAGAGGAGGUGGCUGGCCCUGUUUGUAGAUUGAGCUCCUCUCUGUCAUCCAGAAGUUCAACUAAAUAUUUGGGAUCCCCAGUCACUCUAAAUUCUUCCAGCAUGUCUUUGAGAGAAGUUGUGUCCCAAAUAAUUGAAGAUCUAGAAGUAAGUGAUUCAGAAGAAGAGAUGAUUAAUACAGAGAAUGGAGUGGAACAGGAAAAGCUUUUCAGAGAGGCUGCAGAACACGGUGCAAGUGCUGGAUAUUCUGAACACUUGGAGAAGGAACUGGCUGGAGAGGCAGAAUUGCAGAUAACUGCAGGACAGGACAGCAGAGACAAACCAGAAAUGGCUCCUUCAGCAGGAGAGGGACUGGCAGAGGGCAGCGUUGGACCCCACAUCUCUCCUGGGGCUGAUCUAGAAGGUGAGACUGCCGAAGGUGUUGGAGCUAGAAGUCUGGACAGGCAUUCUGAUGCUCUCCCCUCAUCUGAAAAAUCUGGGAUGAAUCCAUUGGAGGAAGAUGAUGAACAAGAUGUACUAGAGGACCAGGCUAUUGUGUUAGAUUUGGAUGAUCCAGAGGAAGAGCCUGCUGAGGAUGAAAGUGAACACCCUGAAGGUCAAGAGGUUUCCAUGAAGACUCCCGCAUUUGUCCGUGCUGCAGCCCACAAGCCACUGCUGUCAGCUCCACGGGAGGAGAAACCUGCUGCCCCCAGGUCUCCCAUGCAGCUGCUGCAGCCUAAGGCAGUUCCAGGGAGAUCAGGAACGUCCCAGAGGAAGCCACGUGAGCCUCAAAUAGCAAGGAGUUUGAUAAAGGAGGUUUUUCGCUAUUUUGUAAAAAUGCCAGUGACCAGAGAAGCAUUCAAAAUUGUUGAGAAAUGCUCUGAGAAAUACUUCAAGCAGCUGAGCAGUGAUCUGGAAGCUUACACCAGCCAUGCAGGGAGGAAGACAGUGGAGAUGGCUGAUGUAGAAAUGCUCAUGAGAAGGCAAGGGCUGGUGACGGACAAGGUGCCGCUGAACGUGCUGAUAGAGCGUCACCUCCCCCUGGAGUACAGGAAGCUCCUGAUUCCAGUGGCUGUGAGUGGAAACAAAGUGAUCCCCUGACCUGAAGGUGCAGCCCUGACCCCUGUGGGGUGCUCAUGGUCUGCUCCCAGGGGCUGCCUGAGGGGUGUUCCACGUCCCCUGCUCCUGUGGCCUUUCCCCCUCCCUGCUGGGUCUCUCCAGUUGGACUGCCCAUAAUUUUUUAUGUUGCCUUUGUGUACCUGUACAGCUCUGAGGAAUAAAACGUUGUGUUUUGUUGUGCA